CCGCGCUUGAUCAAAGCUUGAUCCGCGACAGCCCGUGAGGGGAGGCGCCUUGGUACUGCUACGUAGUUGCGAGUCGCAUUUAGGCUGGGGAAUUGUAUCAUACGCUCGACGAUAAGACUGGCUCUCCCAUUGCCCAAGCAGCAGCGUGUAGUAGCUCCUGACAGUGACGCCGCGGUGGCCCCCCACCCAACUGUUGCAUGUCGUUGCGUGCGGGGCAGGUAAGCCUGCAAGCGCCUGCAGAGCGCCGGCGCUGCGCCAGGGAUCGGAGAACGGUCAAGCGGCAGUACGCGGCAGCCGGGAGGGUGCUGCCAUCUAUCCGUUGCCGUCCGCAUCGAACGUCUCCACUGCAUUGUUUGACUCUAUGUGCAUUAUUGCGGCGUGUACUGCGUUUCCUCCACGACCGGCUUUAUGGUGGCGGUUUCCUCUAGCCACGUCGAAAUGUUCGGUCUCGUCAAUCAAGCAGGCGGUCUGUCCACCUUGAUUCACAUGUCCGCUCUGCGCCCGCUGGUCAUCUGCGGGCCAUCCGGAAGCGGCAAGUCCACGUUGCUCAAAAAGCUGCUCAAGGACUUUGGUGAUUACUUCGCCUUGAGCGUGUCCCACACCACGAGAAAGCCGAGGCCUGGGGAGGUAAACGGCAAAGACUACCACUUCAUCAGCCGCGACGAAAUGGAGCAGGCCAUCGAGGCGGGGGAGUUCAUCGAGUACACGGAGUUCUCGGGCAACCUCUACGGCACCAGCAAAAAGUCUGUGCGCGACGUCCAAGACCAAGGGCGCAUCUGCAUUCUCGACAUUGAGAUUGAAGGGGUGAAGAACAUCAAAAACACAGAUCUGAACCCCCGCUACAUCUUCAUCAAGCCUCCGAGCAUGAAGGCUCUUGAAGAGCGCCUUCGAGGCCGGGGGACAGAAACUGAGGAGAGCCUCCGGAAACGCCUGGCACGGGCCAGCGAAGAAAUCGCCUACGGUGAGAACCAGGGCAACUUUGAUCUGCUCUUGGUGAAUGACAACCUCAAGACUGCCUACAGCAAGCUUAAAGAUUACCUCAUAAAGGAAUACAGUGUGGGUUUGUCUGUUAUUCAGGAAGUGGAACAACUUCAGAAGAAGCCCGAGAUCUAGUCACGCGUGUCAUCAGCGGAUCAGAGCCUUUUCCCCCUGUCAUCCCCAAUUCCUGUAAUUUAUUGCCCAUUUUGUUGACCGCCGAGUCACCGGACGUGAACUAGACUCCAGUCACACUCCUGCUGUUCCUGCGUAGCUCCAGAGGGGCAGGCGGCUCUCAGCGUUCUCCAUUUAAUUUAUACUUGUUGUGACUCGGAUAGGUGUCCUGUUGCAUUUGUGAUAGCCUGGACAUGGGCUAAAAGAUCCCCUGUGUCUGUGAUUGUUAGUGAAGGAGCGAUUGUAUGCGGCCACUUGGCAUGGCCCACUUUUCUGCCUGUGAUUUGCUUGUGUUCCAUGAAUCUCACCUAAAUGAACUGCUGCCCACACGCGUCGGGUCUUCUCAUUCUUUGCAAACACCUGGGGCUAUCUUCUUUGGACCAAACAUCCUAUUUAUUUGCACCCUCUUUGUGUGGCCCUCGGACCCCGACCAAUGAGACGACACACCGGGGAUGUUCCGAUGGACUGGUGGCACAAACUUGUCAUUUGCUGGUUGAAAACACAGCUCUGUGAACAUUUUUAGAUUGUCAUCUACACCAAAUAAAGUGACCCAUGCAAAAGUGA